UGCGCACUCCGACCGUCACCCGCAGCCUGCCUAGCAAACCCUUGAGCUUGACCCAAACAUUGCACUGUUUACCGCACCGCCUGGCACCACAAGUCACUACAUCACAGGGAAAGACCAUUUACCAUGUAGACUACACAGGGCGGAGAGAUAAUAACCAUUUAGUAGUGAGGAAGCCCUUACUACGCUCCUCUGUGUGCUCCUUAUAGCAGUAAUACGCUACCUUCACCACCGCCACCAUGGCCAACCGUACGGUGAAGGACGCCAACUCUGUCCACGGCACCAACCCUCAGUACCUGGUGGAGAAGAUCAUAAGAACCAGGAUAUACGACUCCCGCUACUGGAAGGAGGAAUGCUUCGCCCUGUCAGCGGAACUACUGGUGGACAAGGCCAUGGCGCUGCGGUCCAUUGGUGGUGUGUACGGAGGCAACAUUAAGCCCACUCCUUUCCUCUGUCUGGUUCUCAAAAUGCUCCAGAUCCAGCCAGAGAAGGACAUCAUUAUUGAGUUUAUCAAGCAGGAUGAGUUCAAGUAUGUGCGAGCCCUGGGAGCGUUUUACCUGAGGCUGGUGUACGGCUCCCUGGACUGCUACAAGUACUUAGAGCCUUUGCUCAACGACUACAGAAAACUGCGCUUCAUGGACCGUGCCGGCCAGUACCAACUCUCUCACAUGGAUGAGUUUAUUGACUUACUUCUCAGGGACGAAAGAUUUUGUGACAUUAUAAUGCCAAGAAUUCAGAAAAGGUGGGUGCAUGAAGCCAACAAUGAACUAGAGGGACGAGUCUCCCUGCUUGAGGAUGACUUGGAUGACCUUGAGAGUGAGAGUGACGAGGAGGAGAUGCCACUGCCACCACCACGGCCCAGAAACGAUGCGCCUGACCCCACACGGCCAACUCCCCGGGAUGAGAGGCACGGCAGAGGACACUCUCCAUCCAGACGUUCUCCUCAGAGAGACACUAGGAAUGAAAGGGAGAGGGAAAAGAGACACCGCAGCAGAAGUCGUUCCCGCGAGAGAGAUCGAGGAAUGGAGAGGGACAGGGGCAUGGAUAGGGACAGAGGGAUGGACAGGGACAGAAUGGACCAUGGCAGGGGAAUGGAGAGAGAAAGGAUGGACUAUGGAAGAGGAAUGGACAGGGACAGAAUGGACCAUGGUAGAGGGAUGGAGAGGGACAGAAUGGAUCAUGGUAGGGGGAUGGAGAAGGAGAGAAUGGACUAUGGGAGAGGGAUGGAGAGGGACCGGAUGGACCAUGGCAGGGGGAUGGAUAGGGAGCGGGGAAUGGAUAGAGAUAGAGGCAUGGAUCGGGACAGAGGUAUGGAGAGGGAGAGGAAGAGGCACAGAAGCAGAUCAAGAGAGAGGCGUCACCGCUCAAGAUCAAGGUCGCUAGGCCACCAUCCGCACCACCACCGGGAGCGUGGCCGCGGGGACCACCGCCACCCAGAACGGAUGGAAAGAGACCAUGGCAAGGAGCGCAACAGAGAGCGAGAGCGUGACCGCGACAGAGGGGACCGCAAAGAGAAGCACCACCGCAGUGGCCGUAGCAAACGUGACAACAUGAGCAGAGAAGACUUGGAGAUAGCAGAGGCCAAUGCUCUCAGAGCCAAGCUCGGCAUGCCACCUCUUCAGCCUUAAAAACAGUAUUAACCUUUUAUUUUUUACUCAUUUAUUUUAUCACUUGACCUUUCAAGUUAUCUUGUGGGACUUUAAUAGAUAACACUACAUCCCCAAUAGUUACUGACUUUAAGUUGUAAAAGGAAAAGGUUUUAUAUCCCAUGUAUCAUAGAGAGUUGUACAAGAUUAUGUUUUCAUUUAGUGGAAAACAAUGAUUGAAUUAGUUUGGUUAGGUGUGACAGUAAAAGCCAGAGAUCCUACAGUCUUGAGAGAAGAAGUGGGUUAAAGAGGUGCCUGAAUACUAUGAGAUAACAUGUCUGAGGUUGGUGGGACUCUCAAAGUACAAUGAGAGAUAAAACGGUGAGAAGUGCGUGAAUAAAAACAUAUGAGUGAUCUAUUGGUGUCAGUGAGUCAUGAUUUCUAAGGCAUUUUCAUGUACUGUAAAUGUUGAUAAUUCAAUGUACAAAACAUAAUAAAUGAUGAAUAGAACAAAA